GUAUCUAUCUCUAUGGGUGCCUUCUCAUGCUAACCUCCGUCUUGUCUUGACUGCAGCUCUUACUUCUGUUUCAACUCUACUUUUCUGUUUCUCUGGUCGUUGUUUUCUACCACUCAAUCUUAUAGCCAUGUCUUGGACAACUAAAGUGUUAAAGCUAAUCGUGCUGGCUGGAGUGUCUGUGUUGAUAGUGAUGUACCUGCGGCAGUGGAUGGCUAGCAAACAGUAUGUCUUCACGAAGGAAGAUGUUGCUAUACUGGCCAAGCGAUACGCAGGCCAGGACCACGACCAGGCGUUCGCCAAGGUGGUGGUGGAGCUGCGGAGGAAGUACCCUGGUCACAUCCUGCCGGACGAGGACCUGCAGUGGGUGUUCGUUAACGCGGGUGGCUGGAUGGGCUCCAUGUGUCUGCUCCAUGCCUCCCUCACUGAGUACGUCCUGCUGUUCGGCACUGCCGUGGACACUGGAGGACACUCAGGUCGUUACUGGGCUGAAAUAUCAGACACCAUCAUCUCUGGGACCUUCAGGCAGUGGAAGGAGGGAUCAACUAAGAGUGAAAUGUACUAUCCAGGUGACACGAUAGUCCACACGGUAGGCGAGGCAACGUCGGUCCAAUGGAGUGCUGGGACGUGGAUGGUGGAGUAUGGCAGAGGCUUCAUCCCCUCCACCCUGGGGUUCGCCCUGGCAGACACUCUGUUCAGCACACAGGACUUCCUCACUAUGUUCUACACAGUACGGGUCUACGCCAAGGGAAUGCUGCUAGAGGCCAAUACACUACUCACCGAGGCUGGGGUCUUCUGAGCAACCUGACCCCUAACCCUCACCGAGGCUGGGGUCUUCUGAGCAACCUGACCCCUAACCCUCACCGAGGCUGGGGUCUUCUGAGCAACCUGACCCCUAACCCUCACCGAGGCUGGGGUCUUCUGAGGAACCUGACCCCUAACCCUCACCGAGGCUGGGGUCUUCUGAGCAACCUGACCCCUAACCCUCACCGAGGCUGGGGUCUUCUGAGGAACCUGACCCCUAACCCUCACCGAGGCUGGGGUCUUCUGAGGAACCUGACCCCUAACCCUCACCGAGGCUGACGUCUUCUGAGCAACCUGACCCCUAACCCAAACCGAGGCAGACGUCUUCUGAGCAACCUGACCCCUAACCCUCACCGAGGCUGACGUCCUCUGUGGUACCUGACCUCUAAACCUUGAACCUCUUAGAGUUAGAUAUACGUGUUGAUUGCAUCCCAUAAACUAAUAGCUACUGUUCCUUGCUCUGUUAGCUAGCAGGCUAACAGGCUAGAUAGCUGACUAAUAGCUACUGUUCCUUGCUCUGUUAGCUAGCAGGCUAACAGGCUAGAUAGCUGCUGUUCCUUGCUCUGUUAGCUAGCAGGCUAACAGGCUAGAUAGCUGCUGUUCCUUGCUCUGUUAGCUAGCAGGCUAACAGGCUAGAUAGCUGCUGUCAACAUAAAGCCAUGUCCAACCUUCUCUAAACACAUCAGUGUCUAUACAUGAAUGGCAAGUAGCAAGUUGUAUGUAUUUGUCAACAUUUUAAGGGAUGUGUAGAUGGACAUAACCUACUGCAAUCAUUCUGGUCGAACACAUUAAAAUAAUGUUUUGGGGCA